GCUGGCGGUGCCCCUGGGCCUCGGCGUGGCGCUUGCCGUGGACUUCGUCAUGGUCCUGGUGGCGCGGCUGCUCUUUGGGGCGGCACUGGCAGGCGCCUUCCUCUCCCUCUACGUGGCACGUGAGUGUGCUGGCGAGGGGGGGUCCGCGGUGGCAUGGGGACCGAGGAUGCGCCAUGGCGUAGGAUGGUCCAGGGUGCAGGAUUCCCCGGGAUGCGGGAUGCUCUAGGGUGCGGGAUGCCCCGCAGUCACGUCACCCGUGGUGCACCCCUUGCCCCCGCCCCUGCCAGGACUGGAGCUGUGCGACCCCCCGCACCGGCUGGUGGUGACGAUGGUGGCCGGCUUCUUCUGGAUCGCCGGGGAGCUGCUGCUGCCGGGGCUGGCCGUGCUGUGCCGGGACUGGCGGGUGCUGCAGGGCGCCGUCACCAUGAUCCUGGCUCUGCUGGCUGCCUGCUGGUGGUGCCCGGCGCUGCUGCUGGAGUCGCCGCGCUGGCUACUGGCCACCUGGCAGCUGGAGAGGGCCAGGAAGACCCUGCAGGCGCUGGCCGAAAGCAGCAGCCCCAGCUCCAACGACGGCUCCUGCCACCAAGAGACCCUCCUUGCAGAGCUGGAGUCCCUGUCCCAGGGGUCCCCGCAGCCGCGGUACCACGCCGUCUGCGAGAUCUUCAGCACCAGGGUCAUCUGGAAGAACGGAGUCAUCCUCGGAUUCGCGGCGUUCAUCGGCUCCGGCAUCCGCCACUGCUUCACCCGCAACCUGGACCCCCACCUGCCCCACUUCUUCUCCUCCUACUUCGUGCUGGUGGGCACCGAGGCGGCCGCCUGCCUCUUCAUCUGCCUGACGGCCGAGCGCUUCGGGCGCCGCGCCAUCCUCCUGCUCUGCACCGUCCUCACCGGCAUCUCCUCCCUCCUGCUGCUGGCCCUCACCCAGUACCUGCUGGACCUCAUUGUCCUGACCCUGUCUGUGGUGGGCAUCACCGCCUCCCACGCCGUCACCAUGCUCAGCAUCUUCUUUGCCAGCGAGGUCCUCCCCACCGUGGUCAGCCGGGGCUUCUUCCUGCACCACGUCGUCUUCGCCUCCUUCGCCAUCCUCGCCGUCCUCAGCAUCAUGCUGCUGCCGGAGAGCCAGGGCCGCAGCCUGCCCCAGUCCCUGCAGGACGGCGAGAGCCAGCGCCGGCCCCCCCUCUUCCACCGGCCCCCCCGCGAGGACCACCUGCCCCUGCUCGCCCCCCACGGCAUCCCCCACGACUACUCCCGCCUCGCCGCCUCCACCAAGAGGAUGCUGGGCUCCCCGGCCGCCCCCCGCGAGACGUAGCUGUGCCCCCCCGCCCAACAGGGUCUCCCUGCUGCUGGGGGGCUGAGCACAGUGCCGGGAUCCCCGCGGAGCACCGGGACCCCCGUCUGUGGGGGCUGGUGGGGAUGGUGGGGUGCCCCCAGGACACCUGCGAUGGCUGGGCUGGGGGAAGCAGCGCACCCACCCCACGGCGGGGCCGGAUCCUGCCCCAGGAGGAGCUGUGCUGGGAGUCCUGGGGCAGGGGUGAUGCCCCCCCCGGGGUGUUUGCGAUGGGUGCUCGCCAGCUGCCAAUAAAAGUGCCUUGUUUCUACGGGCGGCUGGCGUGGUCGGGGCCCCGCGCGGCGCCCCUGCCACCGGCCCCCUUCUCCGGGGUCUUUAUUAUGAGGGAACCGGGGGAAUCCUCACCCCCACCCCGGUUCUGCAGGGUCUUUCCCUGGGCUGUGUCCCCCCCCACGCCCAGGGAUGCCCCUGUGCUUGGCCUCUGCCUUCCUGCGGGCGCGGGGUCUGCGGGUGGGCGCAGGCGUGCAAACCCCUGCGCUGAGGCUGCUCUCUGGGUCCCUGGUGCACACGCGUGUGCAGAGCCCCCCCCCACACACACACGUCUGGGUCCCUGGUGCACACGCGUGUGCAGAGCCCCGGCAGCCAGGCGUCUUGUGUGUGUCCGACUGCAAAGCCGCUGCCUCUGGGCAUCUCCUGCACACGCGGGUGCAAAGCCCCCCCGCUGCCCCCACCACCCCCGUCCCCGCUACUGCCCGUAG